AUGAAUCGGAUAAAUCCAUUAUUGCUUCAAAAUCAUUGUCCGCUUCAACAUCAUUGUCCACAUCAACAUCAUUGUCCACAUUAUUGUCCACAUCAACAUCAUUGUCCACAUCAACAUCAUUGGAGGAGAUACAUUCUAACAACUACAUCAUAUAAAUACUUAGAAAUUGGAAUCAGUGUAGAACCUGCAUCCUACGUGGAACUUGUUGGCGAUAAUCGAGGCAAUCAUUUGAUAUUACCAAAUGAAAUCUGGAAGGAGAGUAUACAUAGACGUGCACACAUCGAGCGAUAUGUGGAGUCAUCUCAUUCCUCGCCAUUAUGGGUUCGAGAUUUGUCGUUGGAAUGUCGCAUGAUGCAUGGUGAUAACAUUAUACAGCUUACAUUGUUCAACAAGUCAUUGUAUUUAAAACCGGAAACAUUGAAUAACUUAUUCAAUCUUGAACAGUGUAUUGAUCAUAUGUACUCAUGGUUAUAUGAAAAUACGCAUAUUGUUAAUGCUGAGUUCCAAAAAUUUGUAUGCAUUUUGCAACUAAAUGAUAUUAUUCGUAAAUGGUACGAAUCCAAAACUACUGACUGGUCUUACGCAGCUAAAGUAAUACGCGAACGUGACGAUUUCGACAGCGAGUCUCUUGUCGACU